AAAUCGAGACCUUGCGUCGCUCCGCCAUGCUUUCUUCGCCCAUCUAAAACCCUAACUCCUCCAUCUCCCAAAACCAUAAUCCCCCAAACCACCCCCCCCAAAAGAAAACCGGUCCCUGGAUUCCUUUUGAUCCUUGGAACCCUCUCCCUUCGGUGAAUCGAUGGAGAUCACCGAGGAGCAGAGGCGAAGGGCGGAGGCCAACCGGCUCGUGGCUCUCGAGAAGCGGAAGCACGCGACGGAGAUGCCGGACGUCGGGGCGUGGAAGCUCUUCAAGUGCCGCAAAAUUCAACGCCUGUCGCCGGAACCGGAGAAGAAGCCGGAGCUGCCGCCGCCGCCUCCACCUCCACCGUCGCUCUCCCGUUUCUGCGUCGUCCUUGAGAUUUGCUCCCCCGACGAAUUCUCCGUCACCCCGGAGCCUCUUCAGGGUUCUCCGUUCCCUGGAGAGCUACAGUGCCUUCAGAUCAUCGAGGCUUCCCUCUCAUCGGUCGUACCAUUUUGCCCGAUGGUAAGUCAGGGUGGUCGGAGGACUUCUGUGUUUAAGCUCGAGGAUUAUGGCAUGGUGUUGAGAUGCCUAAAGAAGUUACAGGGGGUUGACUUGCAAGAUAUUCCUUAUACCACACGAAUAGUUGUCCAAAAAUUUUCACAGUGUGUUGGGAAUCAUUGGGUGCCUUCUGUGGAGGGGCAUUAUUCUGAUGAACAAGUUGAUGAGUUACUUGGAAGACUGCCUAAAAAGUUACUAGAUGCACUGCACCCAUUUCAACUUGAUGGUGUGAAGUUCGGCCUCCGAAGAGGCGGGCGUUGCCUUAUUGCAGAUGAAAUGGGUCUAGGAAAGACUAUCCAGGCCAUUACAAUAGCAUGUUGUUUCAAGGAUGAAGGCCCUAUACUGGUAGUCUGCCCUGCUGUCCUCCGUUACUCAUGGGCAGAGGAGUUAGAGCACUGGCUUCCCCUCCUACCAAAGGAUAUCCAUCUUGUAUUUGGUCACCAAAAUAAUCUUGAGUAUUUGGAAAGAUUUCCGAAAGUAGUGGUUAUUUCAUACACGAUGUUGAACCGUCUCCGGAAGAGUAUGUUAGAACAAGAGUGGGCACUUAUGAUUAUUGAUGAAUCACACAAUCUACGUUGCACAAAGCAAAAGUCAGAAUCAGAAGAGACAAAAGCUUUACUCGAAGUAGCAGCAAAGGUCAAGCGCAUCAUUCUACUCUCUGGAACACCUUCUUUGUCAAGGCCCUAUGACAUUUAUCAUCAAAUAAAUAUGUUAUGGCCUCGAUUGCUAGGAAAGGAUAAAUAUGAAUUUGCCAAGAAUUAUUGCUUAAUGACACUUGCUAAAGGCCAACAGGGAAAAGUUUAUAAGGAUUUCUCAAAGGGUGUUCGACUGGGAGAGUUGAAUGUAUUGCUUAGGCAAACCCUCAUGAUAAGGCGUUUAAAGGAGCAUGUGUUGGCACAACUGCCUCCAAAGCGUCGACAAAUCAUCAGGUUGAAGCUGAAGGCAGCAGAUAUUCUCCUAGCAACUACAACAUGUAGGGUAAGCAAAAGGAUUUCUCUUAACGAGGAACACCAGGAAGUAUGUUUGAUGGACUGUGGCUGUCACCAAAGUAAUGCUGAUGGAGAUGAGAAAUUGAUGAACUUUAAUGUCUCUCACGAUAAUGACUACAAAAGAACUCCAAAGCUGCUCUCUGAUCAAGAAAUUGGUAUUGCAAAACUAUCUGGAUUUCGUGAAUGGUUUUCCAACCAUUUGAUAAUUAGAGAAUCAGAGGAUGCUACCAGCUUGGACAUGGGAUUUGGUUCCCAGAAAACUAUAAUUUUUGCCCAUCAUUUAAAGGUUUUAGAUGGAAUUCAGGAGUUUAUAGUCGAGAAAGGAAUCAAAUUGGUCCGUAUUGAUGGCAGAACACUUGCUAGAGACAGGCAACAAGCCGUUGAAGCUUUUCGUCUAUCAACUGAGGUCAAGAUUGCAAUCAUUGGGAUAACUGCUGGGGGCGUUGGGAUAGACUUCUCAUCUGCUCAAAAUGUUAUUUUCUUAGAGCUGCCUAAGUCUGCAUCAGAAAUGGUUCAGGCUGAAGAUAGAGCUCAUAGGAGAGGACAAAUCAAUGCAGUCAACAUAUACAUCUUUUGUGCAAAGGAUACAUCAGAUGAAUCGCAUUGGCUGCACUUAAACAAGAGUCUUUUUCGUGUUUCAUCCAUGAUGAAUGGAAAAAAGGAUGCCAUUGAAGAGAUAGAGGUGGACAGAGUUUUCCACCUAGAAUACAGUGGCAAUGAUUCUAAUGUUGUGAAUCCAGAAAGCAUUCCUGCUGAUGACUUGAAAAAAAUAAAUUCAGUUGAUCAGGCAAUCCUAGCCAUCAGUACAUACAACUGUGGAUACGAAGAAUGUGAUAGUACUGUGGAGCACAUCAAAGCGGAUAACAAAUCCUGUAUUCAAUUGUUUCCUCUCCAAUUUGAGGCUGAGAACAGUCAAGAAUCAGAUGUUGAGAUGCACCCUGGAAUAUUUGAAAAUUUAGUAGGCAACAACUCAGAAAUUACACAAAGUGGACAGUAUGGCACUGUUAGUUGCAAACUUGACAAAGGCAUUCUAGAACUCAGUUCAUCAGAUAAUAGAACCCUAAAGGCUGACAAAAUGCUUGCUGGAACGGCAAAUGAUGUGGAUGGUGAUUCUAAUGUAUCUAUAGAAGCUGUUGCAAAUAGUCAUAUACAAACAGAGUCACUCCGCUUCGAGGUGAGCCAAUACACAGGGCGGGUUCACUUGUAUAUUUGCAUCCAAGGAAAGGAUUCCAGGCCUAGACCAUUGUUCGAGAAUUUCCGGGCAGAGGAACUUGAGUUAUUUUCUACUGGUGAUAUAGAUAAGGCAACAACUCCACAAUUCCUGAAGGAAAAUCCUGCAUAUUACAAUGUCUUCAAGACAUUCAUUGGAGAGUGGAAUGAUUUAAGACCAAUUGAGCGGAAGAAGCUCCUUGGCAGACCAUUACAACUUCCUCUGAGCCUUGAGCUUUGCUAUUUAAAGGAGAGUAUCAGCCAUGGAUGCAGCGGAUUGCUGAAAGGGGGAAGUAAGAGACGUGUAACCCCUCUAAGUGAUAUUAGCCGUCCCCUACCAGAAAAUGCUGUUUGGAAGAAGGUUGCUCUGCAUGGUGGCACUGCAAAGGAGAGAGAGUAUACUCAGGCCUGGAUGGUUGGAGAUGUACCUCUCUGUAAACUUUGCCAAGAACCUUGCAAUGGAAAGCUUGCAAAGUUUCCUGAAUAUUUCGAGGAUCUGUUCUGUAAUUUGAACUGCUUUCAAGAAUACCGAAUAAGAACCAGUCAAAGAGCCCUUCGCGAGGCACUCUUCCAAAUAGAACAUGGUGUAUGUGUUCAGUGCAAGCUCGAUUGUCACAAACUUGUAGAAUGUAUAAAACAUUUGUCUAUUAAAAAUAGGCACAAGUACAUUGAGAAGGUUGCUCCAAUGUUGGCCAGUAAGAAGAAGCUGCUUGAUAAACUCAUUCACGAACCAAUUGAAGGAAAUGCAUGGCAUGCAGACCACAUGGUACCAGUCUAUAAAGGAGGAGGGGAGUGUACGUUAGAGAAUAUGAGGACCCUAUGUGUGGCCUGUCAUUUUGACGUCACCAAGGCGCAACGAGCUGAGCGAUGUUUAAUGAGGAUGAGGGCGAAAAACAAGCUCAAGAUUACCAUGAAGGAGCUUGAAAAUGGAAGCAGUAUCAAAUCAGCAAACUCUAGUGAUGGGACUGGAAAAGAAGAGGUUGGGGUGGAACCUGUUGAAGAGUCGCCUUUGUUUAUCAAGGUCCCUGGCAGUGCAUAUUCUAGAAAAGAAAGCAAUAUCUCUGACAGCCAGGAAAAUGAGUGCUCUCCCAGUAGAUGAAGCAAAAUGCUUUACUUAUUGCCUUCUUGGCACCUUCAACCGCUGCCAUACAUUGGUGCUUUGUUAUAUGGCAGUGAUUGUGAUCACAUCUAGUCCAUUCUGAAAAUGUUGUAUUCACAACAAGUAUUUUGCAUUUUCGUUUUUAAGAUUUUAAAGGUACGACAAAGCUCUUGUACAAAUGCACCUCAAUACAAAUGUUUUGCAAAUGCUAUAUAGCUU